GGUUCUCUACAGAUUCUUGGUUGCACUGAUGAAUCUCCCUUACUUCCAGUUCUAGUUUCUCUUCGCCGGAUGAGAGUCGGGGCUCGUGUAUGUGUCUGGUUUCUAUGAAAUCUUGUGACGGGUGGGAUGCGUCGUUGAACUCGAGACGCUUUUGACUGUCAUCGUGGGCAUGUAGUUCGAUGGAAUUUGAGGGGCCUUUUCAAUGACAAUAGGCACUGGUGGUGGGAUUACCGUUAACUGGGACAUGGAUCAAGCAAUGCCGCUGUUCAUUCUACCGUCACUAGCGGUAUAAAUACAGCAAUGCAUUUGGCUACUGGUUGGCAAUCAAUUGCUGAGAUGGGGUAUGCAAUGAGCAGACUAGAGAUUGAACCUGAGUCAUGUGAGGAAGAGAAGAGCUUGGACGAGGUUGGUAACAGCCAAGGACCAAAGGAGUUGCCAAGAUGUUUGGAUCAUGAGAUAGCGCAUUUGACGAAUCUGAAGUCGAGGCCCCAUGAACAUUUGAUCCGAGAUUUCCCUGGGAGGCGGGCUCUGUCUGUUUCCACUGUUAAGAUGCUGGCAGGUCGAGAGUGCAAUUAUUCAGGAAGGGGGAGGUUUUCUUCUGCUGAUUGCUGUCACAUGCUAAGCAGAUGUGUGCCUGGUAAUGGUCCUUUGCUCAUGGAUCAGAUGACUAGUCGAGCUUAUGUUUCACAGUUUUCAGCCGAUGGUUCUCUAUUUGUUGCUGGUUUUCAGGGUGGUCACAUUAGGAUUUAUAAUGUUGAUAAAGGAUGGAAAUGUCAGAAGAACAUUCUUGCCAAGAGUUUACGGUGGACAAUCACCGAUACAUCUCUUUCUCCUGACCAGCGUUACCUUGUGUAUGCAAGUAUGUCACCUAUCGUCCAUAUCGUUGAUGUCAGCUCGGCUGCUGUGGAUUCUCUUGCAAACGUAACGGAGAUCCAUGAGGGUUUGAAUUUUUCCGCUGACAAUGGACCAUAUUCUUUUGGAAUCUUCUGUGUCAAAUUUUCUACUGAUGGACGAGAACUCAUUGCUGGAAGCAGUGAUGAUUCUAUAUAUGUCUAUGAUCUUGUGGCAAAUAAGCUUUCCCUCAGAAUUCCUGCACAUGAGUCUGAUGUGAACACAGUUUGCUUUUCUGAUGGAAGUGGUCACAUAAUUUAUUCUGGGAGUGAUGAUACAUACUGCAAGGUGUGGGAUAGACGUUGCCUGAGUGCUAGAAAUAAACCAGCAGGAGUUCUGAUGGGACACCUUGAAGGCAUUACGUUCAUUGACAGCCGUGGUGAUGGUCGUUAUUUCAUAUCAAAUGGCAAAGAUCAGACGAUCAAACUUUGGGAUAUUCGGAAAAUGGACUCUAAUACCACUUGCCGUCCAGGUUAUAGGAAUUAUGAGUGGGAUUACAGAUGGAUGGACUACCCUCCUCAAGCUAGGGAUUUGAAACACCCAUUUGAUCGGUCAGUGGCAACAUAUAAAGGCCAUUCAGUGUUGCGUACUCUUAUUCGGUGCUACUUCUCCCCGGAGCAUAGCACUGGCCAAAAGUAUAUCUACACUGGAUCGUACGAUUCUUGCGUUUAUAUCUACGAUGUGGUGACUGGAGCUCAAGUUGCGGCCCUGAAGCACCAUAAAUCGCCGGUCAGAGACUGCAGUUGGCACCCGGACUACCCGACGAUCGUGAGCUCUUCUUGGGAUGGGGAUAUUGUGAAAUGGGAAUUCCUGGGGAAUGGAGAAAUAGAGAUCCCGGUGAUGAAGAAGAGGAUCCGGAAGCGACAUGUCCAUUAAAAAGACCGCCUGCGGCAGCUCCCAUGCUGAUGGACUAGCCGGGUAAAUAAUCGUUAAUAUAGUCCUAAUAAUCUCCUCCUCGUGUACAGAUGAAGGUGCAUCGUUCAAGCUGAAGCCCCAAGGACACGUUAUUCGUGAAUUCCGUUGUACAUACAUAAUCGACCUUUCCAGUGGAACUGUGUUCCAUCGUUUGCUUGUUUUACAAGCUCGGGGUCUACUUUCGUUGUAGUAAACAUCUGCCUUGAGAGCGUCAUUUCCCGAAAUAAAUGGCGAGGCGAAAUUCGCGAUCCGGGCGACCAAGUCGCUCCGAGCCUGUAACCGAACGUUAGUCGAAGUCGGUAAUG